GAAACCCGCCAAAACUUGCACCAAGCGAAAGGCAAAAGGAAACGCGAGCCAUCACUCUUGUCUUGCUGCGUCAUCACCUCGCACGAUGGGGCCGCGCACUACCCGCGCGACCGCGGCAGCCAAACGGCGUGCUGCUAGCAAAAUGGUGCCGUCUACACGUGCUUCCCACCGCCAAAAAGCUGCAGAGGGAGAAGAGUUCAAAGCGGAGGACCCAGACUCGGACCACGUGCUGGAACAACAGACUCAGAAUCAGACGCCACAGAGAACCCAAACCAGACGUGUCACUGCCUCGGACGAGGUGUUUUCUGGCAACUAUUUAGCGCAAGCAGGACGCAACUCGUCCACACUGAGCAAAAAACUGAAAGAAAUGUUGCAAGCACUGCAAAACACAUCAAGCAAACUGCAACAAUGCGAAGACGGAGUGGUGAAUGUUCAUGCAACACGCAAGCUGCAACUCGUGGCGGCCGAGCUACUGCAGAACAAGCUACUGCAACACCAGGACAAACUCGCCCGAUCCCUUGUUGCCUGUUGCCUGGUGGAAAUCAUGCGCGUAGCAUCCCCGGACUCGCCUUUUAGCUCCGAUGAGGACCUCUAUCGGGUCUUUAAACUUCUUAUCGAGCAGAUCCGAGCUCUAUCCACAGAACAAACCACGACGACGAGAGAUUUGUACCAUUUCCACGUGCUGGAGAGUCUGGCAACAGUGAAAUCCUGUCUAUUGGUGGUCGAUUUGGACUUUACCACCGAAGAAAACGAGCCGAGAGUGAUGGUCCAAUUGUUCGAAGCGCUUUUUGCCACUCUUCGCGCAGACCACUCGGCCAAACUGGAAAACCUGAUGCUCAGUAUCAUGGUGGCGUGUGUCGAAGAGAGCGACGAGGUGGAAUUGCCACUUCUGGAUGUAAUUUUGCGGCCACUGGUGAAUGCGGCAACUUCUGAUGAGAAUGAUGGUCAGAAUACUGCAACAAGUCCAUCACAUAUGGCAAAGGAACUGAUUCGCCGCACCAGCGAAAAUUUGCAAACCCCAUUGUCAAAUUUCUUCAACAAUAUUCUAGUUGACGGACCCCGUUCCCCAAACUCUUCGGAGCUCAGGGAGCACGUGUACACGCUCAUCUACGAAGUGCACAAGCUGAGCCCGUCUUUGUUGCUCAAUGUGCUUCCGAACGUGUGUCUGCAACUGCAAGUGGACGAGGUGGCAACUCGCUCGGACGCGAUCGCUCUGAUGGGGAAGAUCUUCGCGUCGUCGCAGGCCGAGUACGGCCACCACCAGUACAUGAAGAACUUCCGCGACUUUCUGGGUCGAUUCCGCGAUGCCAGCAAGGAGAUCCGCCUGCAAAUGAUUCAAGCCAGUGUGGCGAUCUGGACGCAGCAGCCAGACCUGGCGGAUCUACUGGAGAGGGAGUUCAUCCUGCGGCUAAGCGACGUGGAGUGGGAAGUGCGGCAGCUUGUGGUGCACGAACUGUGCGACUUUGCAGCGAAUCACCUGGACCUCAUCGGCGAGGAGUGUCUCCGAGCAGUGGGCGAGCGCAUGAAGGACAAGAGAGUCGUGCUGAGGAAGGAAACCAUGACGGGGCUGAGUCAGGUCUUCAGCGCGCACAUUUCGUCGUACUGGGGCGACGAGGACGAGCGAGUUCUGUCGCUGACGCAGCGCCAUAUCCCGACGGGAAACAUCAAGAAGCUCGGCUGGAUCCCGGACUUUGUGCUGAAAUGCUACGCGUACCCGCAGCAAGAGCUGAAGCUCCGUGUGGUUCAACUGCUGGACGACUUUCUGCUGCCCAAGGCGCUGUCCGAAGCCACGCGAGCGAACGGACUGCUGUUCCUCUUCCACUCGCUCGAUGCCACGUCGAGAGAAGCUCUGCGUCGAGUCUUAAGUGAACGCGCCAAGUGCCAGCAAGUCUGUCGGACGUUCGUCGAGUUCAAAGUUACGAGUCGACACAAAGGACGGGCCUCUGGAGGCGACGAAGCAGCUCUGGAGCAGGCGAAGCAACAGCUGUGCGACGGACUGGCUCCUCUGUUCUCGGAUGUCUCUAAACUGGACAAACUAGUGGAGCAGCUGUCCACGUGGAAGGAUCACAGCGCGUUCAAGCACUUGGGCGACUUGUGCGACUUCUCCAAGACGCAACGAGAAGCUCGCGAGGCGAGGGAUCAGCUGGUGCGCUGUGUUGGGUCCAAGACGCCGUUGGGCGAGUUCCUCAAGAAGCUCUGCCGCAAGCUGUCGCUGCUGACAAUGAGUCAGAAGUCCGUUGCUGUCUUGUUGGAGUUUUUGGUGCUGAAAGAGGCUCGAGUGGCGAGGGAGAACCGCAGUGUUGUGGACUUGCUGGUGAUGGCGUCAGGAGAGCUGCCCGAACUGUUCGCGCCAUUUGUCCGCGACGAGAUAGCGGCAGUUCUAGUUGACAGCAAGGGGGAUGUAUCCGGCGAAGAAGACGAGGACGAGACGGCGCCGAAGGACCCGCGCGUGAUCCUUGGAGCGCUGCACGUGCUGGCCAAUUACUCGCGUCAUUGGGCGGCUACCAGUGGUCCAGGAGACGACGAAGACCGCAACACGCCGUCUGCAGAGCUAUCACAGCAGCUCGAGAACUUUUGUCUUGGGGACAGCGACGUGGAAGCGCAGAACUUUAACGCGGCCAAGGAAAGUCGAGCAGCCGAGUUGGCAGCCGCAACUUGUCGGCAGGCUGUGCUCAAGACGAAACCCAAGUCGGGAGCGUUGCCGGCGUUGCAGAGUCUCGAGGUCUUGACGAAGCACUGCAGCCACGUGUUGACAGAGGACGGCGAGCUGUUCUCCUGCCUGUGGACGAACUUAGUCGACGAUGUGAUCGGGAAGGGCGACCAAGUGUCGACGUCAGGCUCAUCGGCGGCCAAAGACCGGACACCGAAGGGCAGUAGAUCGACAGCUGCGAAGCUCGUGGAAGUGCGCUGCGCAGCCGUCAAAGUGGCGGUGAACCUGCUCGUGUAUUGCUGGUCUCCUGCCUUCCAGCAAGAAGCCUCGACGCUGAUCCAGCUGCUGUUUGGCGUCUUACACUCGGACGGGAAGACGUUCGCUUCGACUCCUGCGCAGACGGCUGCGCUCCGAGCUACGGCGUCGUGUGGCUUGAUGAAGAUCGUGCGCAAUCGACAGCUAGAAGCCUCGCUCUCUCUGUCUGAGUGGCAUACACUGGGCUGGACGCUUCAAGACUCGAGCGAGGAUGUUCGUCGCAAGUUCCUGAAGAAGCUGACGUCGCACUUAGUGAAGCACCUCGGUCAGCACCCGCACAAGUACCUCAGCUACUUGGCGCUGGCGGCCACAGAUGCCAGCCCCAGUGUGAAGAAAAGCGCCAAAAGUUUACUCAAGUUGGCGGUAGAACGCAUGCGCCGCUUGUUCGACGCCGCGUCGUCUCGAGACUCAACGUCAAACCCUGGACGGAUGGCGGCUCUGAUGGUGCCGGAGUACGCGUUGCCCUACGUCAUCCACCUUCUGGCCCACCAUCCUUCCUUCCCAGUGAAGCUGGUGGAGAGAACGUCGACUGUUGAGGUGCUAUCCAGCGCUCUGUGGGCCGAUCAGUUGGCCUACCUGAGCUUCUUCCUCGACGGAUUGGUGGCCACGAACGCGGCGGCGGCAGACAAUAUCGCGUUCCUGCUGCAGAUGCUGACCAAACUCUCGCAGUGUCACGACGUGGCAGCCCCCAGCGACAUCAAUAUCUACCCUCUCAUCGACAGCGCGGCGGUGCUUCUCAAGAAGAGGAUCAAGAGUCAGUCCAACUUGAAGCCGUUCCCAGGCAAGAUUUUCCUGCCCAAGCAUCUCUACAGUCCCGGGAGACCGAGCACACUCGCGACGCCCGGUGGGAGGAAAGAACCGGAAGCGCCAGAGUCGCUGGGGACGCAGACGGCAUCCCCUCGUUGA